ACUAACAAACUAAGAAGGAGACGCCAUAACUCUCUUCACAUUUUCAAAAUCAACGCAUUUCAACCACAAACAUUCGCAUUCUCUUUCUCUUUCUCUCUUUUUUCAUUCUCACUUUCCAACUGCAUUUUUCUUCACCUCAACAGGUUUUCAAUUCUCAAUCCGUUUCAUCUUCUCGCAUUGCUCUGGUUUUCGAUUUCAGAUCGCAUUUCAAAGAUUCUAAGUUCGAGCACGGAAUCGUGCACCCGAACUUCCUGAAUUACUCUUUACAUAAAGAUAAUGAUUGGAGCUUGAAAGUUGCGGUGGCCCGUGGGUUCCACACCAUUCCAUGUCCUUACAAAAUAAUAGUACAAGCUUUGUGAUACAGCUUGAAAUGUAAUAAAAUAAUUGAAUGCUGAAUUGGUGUAGUUGGAACUGAAGGUUUUGAGAAAAGGGGAGGGGAGAAGGAAGUGAGAAAAAUGAGUUCCAGUUCAGGGGAGGAAGCAACCCAAGGCUCUACAGGAAAUGAGGAGAGAAUUCUUGUUUCUGUUCGUGUGCGACCACUGAAUGAUAAGGAGAUUGCAAAAUAUGAUCUGUCUGAAUGGGAAUGCAUUAAUGAUACUACCAUCAUGUACAGAAGCAACCUUUCAGCUUCUGAAAGGUCUCUGUAUCCGACAACCUAUACAUUUGACCGAGUUUUUAAGACUGAUUGCCCCACAAGGCAGGUGUACGAAGAAGCAUCUAAGGAGGUAGCUCUUUCUGUUCUCAAUGGAAUCAACUCUAGCAUUUUUGCAUAUGGACAAACAAGCAGUGGAAAGACAUACACCAUGAGUGGUAUAACUGAGUACGCUAUAGCUGACAUUUUUAAUCACAUAGAGAAGCACAAAGAAAGGGAAUUUGUCUUGAAGUUUUCAGCAAUGGAGAUCUAUAAUGAAUCUGUCAGGGACCUCCUUAGUACCGACACCACACCUCUCAGACUUCUUGAUGAUCCAGAGAAAGGCACAGUUGUUGAGAAGCUCACCGAGGAAACUUUGCGUGACUGGAACCAUUUUACCGAACUUAUUUCUUUCUGUGAAACACAACGUCAGAUAGGAGAGACAUCUUUGAAUGAAGCCAGCUCCAGAUCACAUCAAAUUCUAAGACUGACUAUUGAAAGUUCUGCAAGUGAAUUUCUGGGAAAUGACAAAUUGAGCUCUCUUUCUGCUUCUGUGAAUUUUGUUGAUCUUGCUGGAAGUGAGCGAGCAUCACAAACAAAUUCAGCUGGUGCGAGGUUGAAGGAGGGAUGUCACAUAAACCGUAGUUUACUGACUCUAGGAACUGUCAUCCGCAAACUCAGCAAGGGGCGAAAUGGACACAUCCCUUUCAGAGAUUCAAAACUAACCCGCAUACUGCAGUCCUCAAUAGGAGGCAAUGCUAGAACAGCAAUCAUAUGUACCAUGAGUCCUGCGCGGAGCUAUGUUGAACAAACCAGAAACACCCUCUUAUUUGCAUGUUGUGCUAAAGAAGUGUCAACUAAUGCAAAAGUCAAUGUAGUGAUGUCUGAUAAACUGUUGGUCAAGCAAUUGCAAAGAGAGUUGUCUAGGCUGGAAGGAGAGUUGAGAAAUUCAAGCUCAACCCGCCGUAAACCUGAUUCUGCAGAGUUGCUGAAGGAAAAAGACCUCCAAAUUGAGAUGUUAAAGAAAGAGAUAAUGGAUCUGGCUAUGCAGCGGGACCUUGCUCACUCUCAAAUUACGGACAUGCUUAAAGUGGUUGGAGACGAUAUGUCCUCAAGUGAUAUGGAAAGUUUGGGUCCUCAGUAUCCCAAACUACGUGUGCGAUGCUCAAUGGACUUUGAUAAUCAAAUAGAGGAACCAAAUUUAUUAGGUUUUGACACCUUGCAGACUGUUAGAUCUUUUGAUGCUUCUCAAUAUUCAGAUGGACAUAGUGUAAGCUCCGAAGAGAGCUAUUUCCAGCUCCCUGAUUUGGAAAAGAAUCUUCCCAUCAGGAUAUUUUCUCAAGCGCUGUCAGUUGUAAGUCAGGAAGAUGAAACAAAUGAUUCGGAUAAGAAGAUAGUUCAAGAACAGCCCAAUGAUAAAUUAGGAGACAGUUAUAUGAAAGUUAGGUGCAUUGAGUCAGAAGAUCCAAUGACAAACACAGAUACACUUUCAAAUCCAGCAAGUUUGAGUCCAAAUAGAGACACAGACUCAAAUGCAUCAUCUCCGGGGGAAACUACCGUUGUCUCAGGAUUGACGGAAGUUGAUAACAUAGACAAAGAAAAUCAAGACUUGUGCUCAUCUCCGGGGGAAACUACGGUUGUCUCAGGAUUGACGGAAGUUGAUAACAUAGACAAAGAAAAUCAAGACUUGUGCUCAUCUCCGGGGGAAAAUAUGGCUAUCUCAGGAUUGACAGAAGUUGUUAAUAUCGACAAAGAAAAUCAAGACUCGUGUUCAUUUGGGUUAAAGGAAAGAAAAGAAUUGAGUCGCUUUCACCAAGCUUCUUUUCUUCCGUCUUCAGAGAAAAUAAGUCCAUCGAUGGUAGGAAAUAGUGUAUCCAGUUCUAGAAUCUUGAAAUUGACCAGAAGCAGAAGCUGUGCAGCAAGUCUCAUGAAGGAUUCAUCUUCCGAUUGGUUUGACCAGGAAGAAAUAAUCCAGAACACCCCUCCAAUAGGGAUCCAUAAAGACCAGAUUAGAAGACCAGAGGGAUAUGAUAGGAGGACCUAUACACUAAACUAUAAUCCCAAUGCUGAUAGGUUAUCCUGGUCUGGUUUUGGGAAUUGUGUGAGAUGUUCUACAGUUGACAUGCAGAGCGUGAAACCAUCAUUUGAUAUGGAAAUUGAUGAUGGUGAUUUAUCCCCGGUAAGAAGGGAAAAGAAAGAAUGUGAAAGUUCAAAACCACCACCUUACCGUAAGGUUUCGGGGACUGGAGUUGAGUCCACUGUUUCUGCCAAAAAGUUCAAAGAUGCUGGGUCGAACACAUUACAAUCUAAUGAAGAAAAACAUUUCGAAUGGUCUUCAGAAUUUAGGCGGCUGCAGAAAGAGAUUAUUGAACGCUGGCAUUCUUGUAAUGUUUCAUUGGUCCACAGGACUUACUUUUUCCUUCUAUUCAAAGGGGACUCUUCAGAUUCUAUCUAUAUGGAGGUAGAGCUGAGAAGGCUAUCCUAUCUCAAAGAGAAUCAAAUUUUGGAAGAUGGACGAACCCUUACCCCUGAAUCAAGCAAGAGAUAUCUUCGACGAGAGAGACAAAUGUUGAGCAGACAAAUGGAGAGGAAGUUGUCAAAAUCUGAAAGAGAGAAAAUGUAUUUCAAGUGGGGGAUUAGUAUAAGUUCAAAGCAUAGGAGGUUGCAAUUGGCUCAUCGCCUUUGGUCAGAAACAGAUAUAGACCAUGUUAGAGAGAGUGCCACCAUUGUUGCAAAGCUGGUUGGUACAGUUGAGCCAGAUCAGGCUUUCAAGGAGAUGUUUGGCCUCAACUUUGCACCAAGGCGCACAAGAAAGAAAACUUUUGGUUGGACGUCCAGUGUGAAGCAUAUUUUGUGAGGGAGAUGUUGGAACAAAAUCACUUUAUAGGAAGUUUGAUUGGGCCAUGUACAAAUUUUCCCUGGCUUCAUUAAACAUAAGAAAGAUAUUAUAUUACCCAUUCUAUUAACAAUAUGAUCUCUAUGUUUCUGAAUUCAAUGCAUAUAAAUAUUACUCGGAAUUCAAAUAUAAAUAAAAG